AUGGGUUCCCGCUGUGCCAAGCUCAGCACGGGCCACAGCUCAGGCCACGGCACGGGCCACGGCACAGGCCACAGGAAAGGCCACGAAUCCUCCAUGAAGAAGCUUGUGGCCUGUGUAAGUCAGGAUAACUUCUCCCUGUCAUCAGAGGGUGAGGAAGAUGAGGAGGAGGAGGAGGAAGAAGAGGAGGAGGAGGAGGAGGAGGAGGAAGAGGAGGAGGAAGAGGAGCUCCCGGUUCAGGGCAAGCUGCUACUGAUGGAGCCUGAGCAGCAGGAGGAGACGGCCGAAGACAGCCCCGUGGCCCAGCAGAGCUCUGAGCCCAAGCAGACGCACUCCUGA